AUGCUCAAGCACCUUAACGAUCAACUCUUUGCAAAGUCUAUGAUUAUCCUACCAGUCUACCCAUCUUUCCAUGUCCUUGGCAUUGUACACGAAGAGGCGAUUUGUCUCAACUCUCGUGAUCGUGUUCCAUUCAUGCUCUACCUCGAGGUGAAGGUCAUGGAUGGUACAUACUUUUUCACAGAUACCACCGAGGACAUUAGCAAAGUAAUCAACACGCCCGACACAGACGACGAGUUGGAGGUCAAGGUAAUUGCCAAACAUGACACAAGCGAUUUGCAGGCAAACAGCAAAUUGUUGAAUACGAUAUUUGGAGAGAACUGGAAGACAAAGGAGAACAAGAUAUGGAGGACCUCUCCCUAUCGUUCAAUCUCUGGAUGGAGAUUGAUAUCAUUUAUCGUCAAGAGUGGUGAUGAUCUAAGGCAAGAGCAGUUGGCUAUGCAGUUGAUCACUCAGUUCUAUCGCAUUUUUAAAAAGACCAAUCUGCCCCUAUGGUUGAGACCAUACCUUGUGGUGGCAACUGGACAAGACUCAGGCUUGAUAGAGACGAUACCAGACUCAACUUCACUGGACACCCUCAAAAAGAAGUGUCCCAACUACACAACAUUGUUGAAUUAUUUCAUUGAUGCCUACGGUGACAAUCGAUCAAAGGAGUUUAUCCUGGCACAGAGCAACUUUAUCGAGAGCGUCGCAGGCUAUGCAUUAGUGUGCUACUUCCUUCAAAUCAAGGACAGACAUAAUGGAAACAUAUUGAUCGACCGAAAAGGACAUAUUAUCCAUAUAGAUUAUGGAUUCCUCUUGUCGACAAGUCCUGGUGCAAUCAAUUUCGAGAAGGCCCCCUUCAAACUGACAGAGGAGAUUGUGGAGCUUAUGGGUGGAGAGAAGUCUGACAGAUUCAAGUACUUUACAGUACUGCUACUGAGUGGCUUCCUUCAAGUUAGGAAUCAUUACCAAGAGUUUAUGAUGAUGAUCGAACUCAUGAUACCACACACAAACUUGAAGUGUCUCAAGAGGGAAGGAGUGCUGGAUAGCUUCAGAGCUCGGUUCCGUCUUGACCUAAGAACAGAGGAGCAAUGCAGCGAGUUCAUCAAUCAGAUGGUCAAUGACAAUUUUAUAUUAUCACCAAACCAAUAG